AUGCUUGACUUCAAAAAUCGAGUCAAAGCUGCAGUUAGACGGCAACAAAAGGUGAAAUUUGAAUUUGAAGGUGAAAAACGCGUAUAUUUUCUUCGAAAACCAUUAUUAUACGAAGAUUUAAUUAGUUUUAUUAAUCAAGCAUUUGGUGCUAAUAUCGAUAUACGUUGUUUAUUUUCUCGUGAUUUAACAAUAUGUGUACCGGUGACAUGUCAAGAAGAUUUGGAUAAUGUUCUGUCAAUAUCAGAAGCAAAUAGUGCAAAUAAAUUAAAUUUAUUAUUAGCAAGAAAAAAGACAAUAUCAGAGAUUGUCAUCAGUGAUGACAGUGAAACAUUGGAUUUAACAUCAGCUAUGAAUGUUGAAGACUCUCCACCACCUGGAACUAUCGGUCAAAAGAAACGUAUUACACAAAGUAAUUCAGCGCCGUCCAUUAAUGGCGAUCGUUUUAUUCCAGAACAUACAAAACACCAUCAUUCUAGCGGAAGCUCGAUCUCAAGUUGUGAUUCAAGAGGAAGUGAAAAUCAUUCGCGUUAUAGACGACUACCAGCCGGAUAUUCAAUAACAAGAAACUCCUCAAAUAAUGAUGUUCGAAGUGCCAUGAGUACAUGUAGUUUAUCAUCAGCAACAAGUUCAAGCGGUACAAGCAGUAGUAGUAAUAGUCGAGAUGGUUCGUAUUGUAGUCAAUGUUCGUGUUCAAGUACCAGUAAUUUUCGUUCACCACAAACUCCAUUAAACUGGAAACUUGGUCGUCAAUUAGGUCAAGGUGCUUUCGGAAAAGUGUAUCUCUGUUAUGAUGUUGAUACAGGCAGAGAAUUGGCUGUGAAACAAAUUUCUGUACGAGCAUUAAAUUCUGAAUCUUCCAAGGAAGUCAAAAUUCUCGAAUGUGAAAUUAAUAUAUAUAAACAGCUAAAUAAUGAAAGAAUUGUUCGUUAUCAUGGUUCAACACGAACAGAUGAAUACUUUCAAAUAUUUAUUGAGUAUAUGGCUGGUGGUUCUGUACGAGAAGAAAUUCAAAAUUACGGUGCCCUUUCUGAACACUUGAUAAAAAAAUAUACAAAGCAGAUAUUAGAGGGUUUACAAUAUUUGCAUAAAAAUCAAGUUGUGCAUCGAGAUAUUAAGUGUGCAAAUAUAUUAAGAGAUAGUUCAGGAAACGUUAAAUUGGCCGAUUUUGGUACAUCAAAACGUUUAGUGGUCAUUACGAGUCAAAUACAACCCGAUACGGGAACAUUAGGUGAGUGA